AUCUAUUACUAAAAAUACUCCUUAAUUGUAUUAACCUUGAGGGAAAUACGUCAUUCCUUAAUGUUAAGCGGAACAAGACUUACAAAGGCUUGAUCUGAAGUUCAGUGAGCCAAGUGGGAAUUCUGCGCUGACACCAAUGAGCUAUGAAACCUCAGUAGCUGCCCUCUCACAAAGAGAACCUCAUUCGGCCUGUUUCUGGGGCAUAGAAGCUUUAAGUUCUGCUUCUGUGUUUUUUUUUUUCCCCUUGGUGAUCGUGUAGCUUCACUCACUGAGUACACCACCAGCUUUGCACUCUCAGCUUUCAUCCUCUUUCAUAGGGUUUCCUUUCCACUCCAGCCUCUGUGGCCAAGGAGAAGCUGCUUUGUGAGGAGAGUCAGGAAUGAUGAAGCUUAUAGCAAAACUGCAAGUUGGAGCAACACCGAAGUCAGCCCUACAAAACCGGGGCUAGGGAUGCUUGUUUUGAUGCUGGGGAUGGUUGUUUUUGUUCUUGUCGUUGGAUGCUACACCUGCUUUUUCCGACACGCAGCAAAACAGAAGCAGCUCUGUCUGCGAUGUCGGAGUUUGGCCAGACAUCCUGCUAUCACGGCAGCAGCACAGGAGGUAAAGCAAAGUGGCCAUAACUUUGUUACAAUGAACACAGGGUUGGCUCUUCUCCAUGCAGUGCUACGAGUGGUAAGAGCAGCAGGAUGGCAGGUGAGAGUAAUGCCCCCCAGCACAGCCCGGUACUUAAGUUUCAUUGGUGGUGCUCUCCCGAUUGUCACUGCAGUGCAUCACUUCAGGCAGUUGCUGUGUCAGUGGAAUUUGUGCCUGAACAAAAGCUUCAGGAUGUUGUUUUUCCAUGAGUUUUGUUAUUCCUUUGUCUGUGCUCGCGCAGCAGAGCUGUCCCUCACAUCGGUUUCCUCAUGUUUCUAUUCUCAAGGAAGGCAGUUCCUAUCAUUACUCUGAGAGCUCCUGCCCAGCGGAUCGUGACUAUUACUGGUGGACUGCAGGUCCUUUAAGGCCCAUAGCUCUUUCCUUUCCUGUACAGUGCAAAAGGCACCAGAUAUGCAAUUAGUGCUGCUGAGAUGUGCUACUAGAUGACAACAGAAGGCUGUCCAGUUCUGGGCUCCGCAGUUCAGGAAAGAAGACAGGGAACCUCUGCAGAGAGUCCAGUGGAGGGCCAUGAAGGUGACUGGGGGCCUGGAGCAACUCCUGUAUGAGGAAAGGCUGAGAGACCUGGGGCUGUUCAGCCUGGGGGAGAGAAGGCUGAGGGGGAUCUUGUCAAUGCUUGUAAUUAUCUAAUGGAUGGGUGUCAAGUGGAUGGGGCCAGGCUCUUUUCAGCAGUGCCCAACAACAGGACAAGGCGCAACGGGCACGAACUGCAACACUGUAAGUUCCAUACAAACAGAAAGAAGGAAUUCUUCACUGUCAGAGCGACAGAGCACUGGAACAGGCUGCCCAGAGAGGUGGUGGGGUGUCCUUCUCCUCCCACCUGCAGGCUUCCCUGUAUGACCUGCUGUAGGGAUCUUGCUUUAGCACAGGGAUCAGACUCGAUGGUCUCCAGAAAUCCCUUCCAGUCCCUACAGUUCUGUGUUUCUGUGACUGUUCUCUUUGGAUUUAAAGUGAUUUCCCAGUAACUUGUGUAGGCUCCUGACUUACUCCAUCUGAAGCAGAAAAAAAUCAGGCUUUAGCAGUAGAACAGUCUGUGUUCUGUUUUUCCCACAGUGCAAAGCACUGACAACAAAAGAGGACUCAGCUUAAAAAAGAGGUAAAGUAUUGCAUUUAAAUUAGCCUAAACUGGGACUGUGCAUGUCAGUUUUAAGAAAGACUCAUCAGUUAAUUCACUGGGGAGUGCCAAAGGGAUUAAGUACUUAAAAAGGUGCUGGCUCUUCUAAGGAACAAGGUGUGCCUUGUUUUUAAUUAGCAGCUGGUGUGUGAUUGCUGGUGACCUGACAGCACAUCAGUGAAUUCUCUGCUCUGCUGAGCUGGCAGCAGUGUGCAUCAGCCAGGCGGCAGGAACUCCUCCUGUUUCCCUCUUUCCCUGAUGAUGGGUAACGCUCCUCUUGGGCAGGGACCUUGUGCCUCAUCCCAUGAACAUCACUGGAGAAAUCUCUGCAAGAGUUUUCUUCUCUUCACAAAGCAUCCACAGCCAUUUCCUUCCUGAUCUUUUCCUCAGCACAGUGCAAGUUCUGCAGCCUGCUCUGAGGGCAGCUUAAACUGGGAUUUCAUCUUCUGAUUGUUGCAGAUAAAAGUCCAAUGCUAGCACAGCACUCACUUCAUCUUGAAGUGGGAUUGCAGCUGGUGUUCCCUGCCAGCAUAGCUGUGCUUGUACCAGCCAGCCAAAGAUGCAGAACAAGACGAGGUUCCCAAACUGUGUGCGCUCAGCGUGCAGCAAGGCUUGUCCUGAUCAUCUUUUCGCCUCAGCAAAAGAUUUCAGUUUGUUCAGGGCCGGCUGCUGAUGACUCGUUUGAGGGUUAUUGACCCUCAUCAGUAGGAAGGCUUUGGAUGCACCCAGCAGCCACUGCUGGGGAUUCUGUCACUACUCUUGAACAAGAGAUCCCUUGCUAUCUUCUGAAGGAACAAAUUGCUACAGCUUGCACUGAUGAGCCACGUAACAAAGGAAAUGAGAGAAUCUUUUGUAUGAGGAGGGCUAGAUAACUACUGUAUUGCACUCAGAGAAGCUACGUUUCUUUGGGAACUGUUCAUCAAAUACAUGUAAGGGGAGCCAUUCCACCUGCAGCUGUGCAACUCAACAAGAGAGCUGAAGACAGAUUUCCAAAAGUCCCGAAAGGAGCCAAGUGCCAAAUUUUGAUAGGAAAGCCACUGCUUCUGUUAAUGAACUUGGCACUGCAGAAGCUAUUGUUGAGCAUUCUGGCCAUUCCAGUAGUGUGCAGGAUGUCAGGGGCCGAAGAUCACACUAAGCUGCAUUUAAUCCAGAAGUUGCCUUGAUUUAAGCCUGUGUUUUAUUCCCCUUUGGUGGGAAAUUUCAGUAUCCCAUAAACAUCCUAAGAAAGUCCCUGUCUAAUUUGGAAGAAACAGAUGAGUCAGUGUGAAACCAAUAUUAAUCAGAUCAAUGGUUGUUUUCCUGUAAAAGCAGAAAAGAAAACGAGCUGUUAAGAGGGGGCAUUGUUCUGACUGAACCAGAAUAAGAGCGAUUCUGGUUUCCUCUGCUUCUUUGCACUCUGAAGGAUGGUUGCUCCCCAUUUGGGGCACCCUGGCUGAUCGCAGUCCUGCUCUGUGGCUGUCUCAGUGCAGGGCUAAAGGAAGGGGUGCGUGUUUCAGUGAGAUAACAACACGGCCGGCUGACACCAGGAAGCCCUCCUCUCAUCCAGGGGUGACUUGACAGAACUGUGUACACAAACCUUGACAGCGUGAUUAAGGAUUUACUUAUUCUGCAGAUUUUUGCCUUUUCUGUUUGUAAUUCGGGAUUUUCGUUUUUAUUCGGUUCCAUUUUUUUUUUUCCCAAACGUUUUAAUUGUAAGAAAAAUUGCAACAGAUGCGAGAUUAAGUGUGUGUUUGUGGCUUAAAGAGAGCAGAGCACUAAAAUACCCGCCAUGAUGGAGAUACGGUACACAGGACAGGAGCUGCUUGACAGUGAUUCCACUUUAGGAAAGAGAAGGCUAUGGCUAUCUCUAUGACUGUCAUAGUGAGGGAAGCCAGGUUUAGUUCCUCUGCUCAUCCCCACCUCAUCACCACUUCCAUUUCCCCAUCCCUGCGUGAGCCAUCCAUCUGCGGACAGCUCUGUCCAUGUGGUUACUGAGGGGUAAAGUCACAAAUAGCCUCUGAUUUUUUUUUCUUUCUUCCUUUUUUUUUUUUUUUCCAUGAGCUUAUUUUUAACCUGGAACGCUUCGGUGAUCUGGUUUACAGUGUUACUUGACAGGUCAGGCCAACUGAGGGUACAGGGAACUCUGGGCUUCGCUGCCCAAGCUGCCAUGUCAUGGAAUUGCACCUUUUAGAUGCUUCAUUAUUAUUAUUAUUAUUUUCAUGAAUUAUGAAUAUAACGUGCAUGAAAUCUGAGUCGUCGGUGCAAUUCUUUGCGGGGCUGCAGGCACAGGGAUUGGAUUAGAGCCUGCAUGGGAAUUAUGGGUAUUAUACACUGAGUAUUUAUGAAAUCUAGAACUUGUCUUUACUGCUCUUACUCUUCAGCUUCCAUGGCUAAAACAGAUGCUAACGGACUACAGAUCUUCAUAUACUCGUGCUUCCAUUUCCCUUACUACUUCUGUUGGUACCAAAACCAAGGAAGGCGUAGUGCAGAGCGUGACCUCAGUUGCUGAGAAGACCAAGGAGCAGGCCAACGUGGUGGGAGAGGCAGUGGUAGCCAGCGUGAACACGGUGGCCAACAAGACAGUAGAAGGAGCAGAGACCAUCGUGGCCACUACAGGAGUUGUAAAAAAGGAGGACCUGGCUCCGCAGCAGCCGGCAGCUGAGGGAGAGGCAGCCAUACCAGGGAGCACAGAAGGCGGCGGAGAGGGUGAAAAUGAAGGCAAUUAAACAACUUCUAUCUCAAAAGUUGGAAUCCCAAGAGUGUACAUGGAAAUACUAGUUGACACUGCAGCAGGGACGGCCUGCGCUCAGCACUGUAGUCUUUCACUCGCCUCAUUAACCAACCUUAAUAUACAAUGUAAGUCGGCUCCUGGUUCCAAGGAGAGGGUGACACUGUACUGGGGGUUCCCCCCCCUCCCCACGUCCUUCGUGGCUUUCUGACCCCCAGCUUUGCGUGUUCUGGUGCUCCGGUUUGUUUUAGUGGGCUCACUGAUCCAUGGCUCAUGUCCACCGCCACUGGCACUUGGGGUCUCUAGGUAUUGUGGAGUUUAUUUUUUAUUUUAGCUAAUAAAAAAAGAAGUGUUUGAACAA